GACGAUUGGUUCAUAAGAGCCUCGACGCGGUUGUUUCUAUUUCCUUGGCUUUUCUUUCCUUUCUAGAGAAGGCGGUACUAUUAUGAUGGUCGUGAUUUUGGUUGUGUUAUUCAAGUGAUCAAGCUUGGUAUUUGGCCAGGAGAAAGCUGAGUAACAUAUGCUCGCGAGAGAAACUAUUAUGGCCCAAUUUUCGAGCCCAAAACGCUCUAAUGAUUCUACCGUACCAACCCUGAACGAAAACCAUGUUCAAUCCCCAGCCCAAUUCUCUCCGAUUCGCACCGCGAGCGACCAUGCAGAUGAUGGAUUCGAAGAGAAUAACUCUAACAACCAGGCAAAGCCUUCGCAACAACGUGAAAGCAACAACUAUGAUAAUACCCCUCUAGGAAUAUCCAGAAUCUUCUCCACGAAAACCAGCGACGGAGAGCGAGAAAAAGAUGAUGACUGGGCGGAGAUCCAGCGGCUAAUGUCACGAAUGUUCGGGCGCGAGAGACAGGAACAGUCGGAAGAGGAAAAGACUCGACAUGUUGGCGUUGUAUGGAAGAAUCUUUCAGUGAAAGGCGUUGGAUUGGGCGCUGCGCUUCAGCCAUCGGUUGGGGAUGUGUUUCUCGGACUCCCGAGGUUAGUGAAAGGGUUACUUACGCGAGGACGAAAGGGGGCGACGACGAGGGCGCCGGUAAAGACCAUCUUGCAUGAUUUUACGGGUUGUGUAAGACCGGGAGAAAUGCUCCUCGUUCUCGGUAGGCCUGGCUCGGGAUGCUCGACAUUUUUGAAAACUAUUGGAAACCAGAGGGCCGGGUAUGAGAGUAUUGAAGGGGACGUUUCGUAUGGAGGAACAGACCCUAAGACUAUGGCUCAGCAGUUUAGAUCUGAAGUCUCGUAUAACCCCGAGGAUGAUUUACACUACGCCACUCUCACGGUUAAACAGACUCUAUCAUUUGCUCUGCAAACUCGAACCCCCGCAAAAGAAUCACGUAAUCCAGGAGAAAGCAGGAAAGACUACCAAAAGACCUUUCUUGCCGCUAUAUCAAAGCUAUUUUGGAUAGAGCAUACCAUGGACACAAAAGUCGGAAACGAGCUAAUCCAUGGCAUAUCUGGCGGUGAAAAAAAGCGCGUGUCUAUCGCCGAAGCGAUGAUCACCAAGGCGAGUACUCAAUGCUGGGACAACUCGACCCGCGGCCUUGAUGCAAGCACAGCUUUAGAAUAUGUCCAGAGCUUGCGGAGCCUGACGAACAUGGCCCGUGUUUCAACUUUGGUUGCUUUGUAUCAGGCCGCGGAAGGUCUUUAUAAAUUAUUUGACAAAGUUGUGUUGAUUGAAGAAGGACGCUGUGCCUAUUUCGGUCGAACAGACCAGGCUAGAGCAUACUUUGAGAGUCUAGGCUUUCAAUGUCCUCCGCGUUGGACAUCCCCGGACUUCCUGACAUCUAUCAGUGAUCCGCAUGCCAGGAGAGUCAAAUCUGGUUGGGAAGAGCGAAUUCCACGCACGGCGGAGGAAUUUGAAAAGGCAUAUCUCAAUAGUCAGGUUCGUAAAGAUGCUAUCCAGGACAUUAACGAUUUUGAGCAGAAGCUUGAGAAACAGCAACAUGAACGAGAAGCUGCUCGCGGCAAGAUCAAGCAAAAAAACUUCACACUUCCAUUUCACAAGCAAGUACUAGCUCUUACACGACGCCAGUUCUUGGUUAUGGUAGGCGAUAGACAAUCUCUCUAUGGAAAAUGGUGCAUGUUAUUGUUCGAAGCCCUGAUUGUCGGGAGCCUCUUUUACAAUCUUCCACCAACAAGUUCCGGUGUUUUCCCCAGAGGCGGUGUUAUGUUCUUUUUGCUUCUUUUCAAUUCCCUGUUGGCUCUUGCAGAGCUCACUUCAACCUUCGGCAGUCGGCCAAUAUUGAUGAAGCACAAAAGCUUCUCGUUUUAUCGACCUUCUGCUUAUGCUCUCGCUCAAGUAGUCGUUGACGUGCCCCUAGUCUUCAUCCAAGUUGUCAUGUUCGAUAUAGUCGUAUAUUUUAUGGCAAAUCUAUCACGGACGCCAUCACAGUUCUUCAUUAGUGUGCUAUUUUUGUUUACGCUGACUAUGACGAUAUACUCAUUUUUUCGAAGUCUUGGUGCACUUUGUUCGACUCUUGACGUCGCUACUCGAAUCACUGGAGUUGCCUUGCAAGCAUUAAUCGUUUACACUGGAUACCUUAUACCUCCAUGGAAAAUGCAUCCCUGGCUAAAAUGGCUGAUGUGGAUCAAUCCAGUCCAGUAUGCAUUCGAGGCGCUAAUGAGUAACGAAUUUUACAACCUAAAUAUCCAGUGUACUCCACCAUAUCUGGUUCCUGAAGGCCCAAACACCAGUCCACAGCAUCAAAGCUGUUUAAUUCAGGGAAGUCAGCCGGAUCAAACGGUUGUCAGAGGUUCAAAUUACAUAGAAGCAGCAUACACGUACUCCCGAUCUCAUCUGUGGCGGAAUUUGGGCAUUAUUAUUGCCUGGUUCAUAUUAUUUGUUACUUUGACAAUGAUCGGUAUGGAGUUGCAAAGACCAAACAAAGGGGGAAGCUCCUUGACCGUUUUCGUCCGUGGUCAGGCUCCAAAAGAUGUCGAUGACGCUAUCAAGAAUAAGACCGUUCCAGGUGAUGAAGAGGCAAGCGAUUAUGUGUAUCGAAAUCCGGAAAACGCCGAUGGCGAUUCUGUUCACUCUACUCACAAGGUGGAAGGAAUAUCCAGGAAUACCGCCAUAUUUACCUGGCAGCAUGUGAGCUACGAUAUUCCUGUCAAGGGUGGUCAAAAGCGACUGUUGAACGAUGUGCAAGGCUAUGUUAAACCAGGCCGUCUCACUGCGAUGAUGGGCGCUUCCGGAGCGGGGAAAACGACUCUUCUCAAUGUUCUCGCUCAAAGAGUUGAUAUCGGGGUUGUCAAGGGGGACUUUCUGAUUAACGGCCGAACAUUACCAAAAAGCUUCCAGCGAGCGACAGGGUUUGCCGAGCAAAUGGAUGUCCACGAGCCUACGGCGACGGUCCGCGAAUGUCUUAGAUUCUCAGCCAAACUGCGACAGCCUCAUGAAGUUCCGCUGCAAGAAAAGUAUGAUUAUUGUGAAAAGGUCAUCGACCUGCUAGAAAUGAGAUCAAUAGCUGGAGCGACGGUAGGUUCUGGGAGUGUAGGGCUUAACCAAGAGCAGCGGAAACGUCUUACUAUUGGCGUCGAACUUGCUAGCAAACCCGAGUUGCUUCUUUUUCUUGACGAGCCAACUUCUGGAUUGGACUCUCUUGCUGCGUAUAAUAUCGUCCGGUUCCUUCGUCGACUAGCUGAUGCAGGUCAAGCUGUUUUGUGCACAAUCCAUCAACCUUCGGCGGUGCUUUUUGAACAGUUUGAUGAUCUUGUACUGCUGAAAAGCGGCGGGCGGGUGGUGUAUCAUGGGGAGCUUGGCGGGGAUUGUCGGACUUUGAUAGACUAUUUUGAGAGGAAUGGAGGCAAGAAAUGUGCACUUGAUGCUAAUCCUGCCGAGUAUAUGCUUGAAGUUAUUGGUGCUGGAAAUCCGGAUUAUCGAGGUAAAGAUUGGGGCGAUGUUUGGGCUAGUUGUGAAGAACAUGACACUCGUACCAAAGAAGUCGAAGAAAUAGUCCGCUCACGGCGUGGCCAAAAAACUGGUGAUGAGACCAAAGAUGACAGAGAAUAUGCUAUGCCACUUUGGACACAAAUUAUGGCUACAACCCAGCGCUCCUUUGUGGCUUAUUGGCGCUCGCCUGAGUAUCUUCUCGGAAAAUUUAUGCUUCAUAUUUUCACUGGCCUUUUCAAUGCCUUCACAUUCUGGAAGCUUGGCCACAGCUAUAUUGACAUGCAAUCGAGACUAUUCUCAGUGUUUAUGACAUUAACCAUCUGUCCUCCACUUAUCCAGCAACUCCAGCCUCGAUUUCUCCACUUCCGAAAUCUUUAUGAGUCGCGCGAGGGCAAGGCCAAGAUAUAUUCCUGGGCAGCAUUUGCCACGAGCGCCAUCCUCCCCGAAAUCCCUUAUUCAAUCGUGGCAGGCUCCAUAUACUUCAAUUGCUGGUACUGGGGGGUCGGUUUCCCCCGCAAUUCCUUCACAUCUGGAUUCACAUAUAUUCUUAUUCUACUUUUCGAACUAUUCUACGUCGGCUUCGGACAAUUCAUCGCCGCAUUAUCGCCUAACGAGAUCUUCGCGUCGCUGCUAGUACCGGCAUUCUUUACCUUCGUGGUAUCGUUUUGCGGCGUUGUAGUUCCUUAUGCAGCUCUCCCCUCUUUCUGGAAAUCUUGGAUGUAUUGGACUACCCCAUUCAACUAUCUGCUUGAGGCUUUCCUUGGCGUUCUGGUCUAUAACCAGCCGGUCAGAUGUGUGAGUCGAGAGGAAGCUAAAUUCAGUCCCCCAUCUGGAAUGACCUGUCAUGGCUACGCUGGCGUCUUUGCUCAGGAAUCUGGUGGCUACGUGGAAGACGAAGGAAAUGGGAUGUGUUCAUUCUGCCAGUACUCAACUGGAAAUCAAUUCGCGAGAGGAUUCAAUAUCUUUUACUCGCACAAGUGGCGUGAUUUUGCAAUAUUUUGGGCCUACAUAGCGUUCAACUUUGCAGCGGUAUUUGGCCUUUCGUGGAUAUACCUUCAUGGCUUUCAGCGCAUCAAAACAGUUGUUAGUGUUCGGAGGACAAAGAAGGGAAAGGCGAAGAAUUCAGAGACCUUGGAAAAGCUUGGAAACGCCGCAUGAUAAUUGUUGGGUCUUAAGAAUGUCGACAGAAGUUACGUUUAGGGUUCAGGGUUUCAAGUCAUAAAAUAUAUAUC